UAUCGAAAACACCAUAACGAGUAACGGAACCCUGGUUACAGCUGCGAUUUUUAGCUGAAAAAUUCUCGGGAUAAACGAUGGCCUCCGUUAACAAAUUAGCAAUGUUGAGCCGCGCCCUCAGCUCCACCGCCGCCCAGGCGAUGGUGAAGCCCCCACUUCAGGUGUUCGGCCUGGAGGGUCGCUACGCCACCGCCUUGUACUCGGCCGCGACCAAGUUGAACCAGUUGGACCAGGUGGAGAAGGACCUUAUCGCCCUGCAGUCCACCAUCCGUAGUGACAAGAAGUUGCGCGAGAGUGUGACCAGCCCAAUUAUCAACAAGAAGGUUAUGGGAACCGCUCUGAAGGAAGCAUCAGAGAAGCUGCGCUUCGCCCCGGCCACCGGCAAUCUGCUGGGUCUGUUGGCCGACAACGGACGCCUGAAGAGGCUGGACACCGUGAUCAACGCUUUUAGGACCAUCAUGGCCGCUCACCGCGGAGAGGUCGUAUGUGAGGUGGUCACCGCCAAGCCUCUGGACUCGUCCCAGAGCAAGCAACUCGAGGGCGCCCUCAAGUCCUUCCUGAAGGGCAACGAGUCGCUGAAGAUUACCACCCGUGUGGACCCCAGCAUCAUUGGCGGCCUGAUCGUUUCCAUCGGAGACAAAUACGUCGACAUGAGCAUUGCCACAAAGGUCAAACUCUACAACGAUGUUAUCCAGACCGCUGCCUAGACCCUUAAAGAUUAGCUCUUGAUUUAGAUGGUUCAAACCGAAAGUUUGGUAUUGGAAUUCAAGCGGUAAUUGCGAAUAAACACCUCUUAACCCUUAGAAAUCCAAAGAUAA